AUGUCUAUCUAUCUAUCUAUCUAUCUAUCUAUAUACAUAUAUCAAAGAAGCAUUUUCUUUCCUGUGACACGGCUUUCUUUCCAGCCUAAUAAUUUUCUUUGCUAUCUCUCUCUCUCUCUCUCUCUCUCUCUCUCUCUCUCUCUUUCUGUCUGUCUGUCUGUCUCUUUUAAAGCCGGGGUUUCCUUGACAUUGCUACAAGUUACUAUUAAUAUACCUAAGAAGAAACAGCCUUCCCCUGUCAGCGCCACAUUAGAAUCAGCCUCUCUCAUAUUGAUCUCAUCAGCUAUCAGCGAGGGAGCAUUCCGCUUUCGAUUUUUCUUCGAGGAAACAAACAAUAUUGUUGCUAUCUAUCUAUCUAUCUAUCUAUCUAUCUAUCUAUCUAUCUAUCUAUCUAUCUAUCCCAGUCUGCUCAUAUCUAUCUAUCUAUCUAUCUUUUGCUUUCUAUCUAUCUAUCUAUCUAUCUAUCUAUCUAUCUAUCUAUCUAUCUAUGUGCUGGAUGUCUCACCAAGAAGUAGUCUUACGGACUUUUACGAAUGUAUUUACUGGGUAUUGCGCACUUGGGGGUCUUGUGAUUUGCUAAUCUAA